UAACUUGCCAAUAUAAACUGCUAUUCUAAUCAAGGAAGGAUCGCAGGCCCAUCUUUCGUAUACCUAUAUUCUCAACUUCGCGAUUUUACUACGCACCGAAAGAGCAGCUCGCACCAUACGGAAAAAAAAGAGGGGGGAAACAAAAACCAGAGAGAUAGAGCAGGGAAGCGCUUGCCAGCACCAUGGCGGAAACGGCAUCCCUCCCGCGACAGGAAUGUCUUCAAUCCGCAGGCGGCGACCAGCCCAGCCAACUCGGCGGCGGGGAACGCAUCAUUAAGGAUGUCAAGCCGACUGUGCUGCAGCACCUUCAGAAGAUCUACGCCGCGCACGCCUCGCCCGUCGAUAAGAAAUGGCAUAAAGAGCAGAUCGUCUCGUUCUUGCACCAGACCCAGGCCGAGGGGGUGGCAGACCCCUCUUUGGCCCACCUCGCAGCGCUGGACACUCUCGAUUUCGCCGGCUUCCUGCACUACAUGACUUCGGAUGCCGCCAAUGUGAUGGCACCCCCUCCGGACAUGGACCUGUCCUGGCCGCUAGCUAACUAUUUCGUCAACUCCAGCCACAAUACCUAUCUGACGGGUAACCAGCUUAGCAGCGAUUCCGAUGCUGACGCCUACCGCAGUGUGCUUCUCCGUGGCUGCCGCUGCGUCGAGAUCGACGUCUGGGACGGCGAUGAGACUGAUUCGGACUCUUCCGUCGACAGCUCUGACGACGAGGAUGCUCGCGAGAUCAAGGCCCUCCGGAAGGCCAGCCGUAGCGAGAGACUCGCCUCAAAGCUUCCUAAGUCUCUUAGUAGUCGAUUGAGCAAGCGCUUUUCCGGGAAGAACGCCGCCGAAGAGCAGUCCAAAGCAACCGCGAAGGUGGGCGACGGCACCGCACCACUGACGAAAACCUCCAGUCAACAAUCGGUAGCCGAGCCAAGAGUUUUACACGGUUACACACUCACCAAGGAGGUUUCGUUCCGCGGGGUCUGCAAGGCCAUUCGCGAGUAUGCCUUCGUCGCAUCGGACCUGCCGCUCAUCGUCAGCCUCGAGGUCCACUGCAGCCCCCAGCAGCAGGAGGCCAUGGUGCGCAUCAUGAACGAGGUCUGGUCGGAGUAUUUGCUGCCGAGCGUCGUCGAAGACGCCAAGAUCCUUCCCGCGCCGGAUACCCUUCGUCACAAGAUCCUCGUCAAAGUCAAGUACGCACCACCAGACGCGCCCGCUGCUGUCGCCGAAGCUACGGGAUCUGUGCCAGCUACCGCCAAUACGAAAUCCAAGGCUGCCGCCCCCGCAGCCAAAAAGCACGCGAAAAUAAUCCAGGCGCUAUCUACGCUGGGAAUCUACACUCGUGGCGUAUCCUUCAAGUCACUUUCACAACCUGAGGCCACGAUGCCGACACACAUCUUCUCGCUGUCGGAGGGCGCGGUGGCGGAUGUUCACGAUUCCGAGGCCCGGCGCCUGUUCGAGCACAAUCGCCAAUACCUCAUGCGCACGUAUCCCUCUGGCAUGCGUAUCGGGUCCUCGAACCUGGACCCCCCCGUAUUCUGGCGCAAAGGUAUCCAGAUCGUCGCCCUGAACUGGCAGAAGUGGGACGAGGGCAUGAUGGUCAACGAGGGCAUGUUUGCGGGCACCGGCGGCUACGUGCUCAAGCCCGAGGGAUACCGCGGUAAGAAGGCGACUGCCGCGAUCAGCAACGCUACGGGGGAGGAAGCGUCGGCCGAGGCAAAGGCAGAGCCACCACCGCCACUGCCGUCGUCGUCGUCCGACGAGAUGAUCCGGCACCAGAGGCUCGACCUGACGAUCACGGUGCUAGCGGGGCAGAACCUGCCGCUGCCGGAGGAGGACGACACGGCGAGCGGGUUCCGGCCGUACGUGAAGGUGGAGAUCCACACGGAGCCCCCGCACGACGAGCACCCGACGCACCCGGCCCCGGCAGCGGAGGAUCCGCGGGCCAAGGAGGGCGAGUACAAGGCGCGGACCAAGAAGCAGCGGGGCGUGGACCCGGACUUCGGCGGCGAGGCGCUGGCGCUCGCCAAGGCGGCGCCGGGCGUCGUCGCGGAGCUCGCGUUUGUGCGCUUCCUCGUCAAGGACGACGAGAUCGGCCGCGACGACCUCGCCGCCUGGGCCUGCGUCCGGCUCGACCGCCUGCGCCGCGGGUACCGCCUCGUGCGCCUGUUCGACGCCGAGGGCAAGCCCACCGAGGGCGUGCUGCUGAUCCGGGUCGAGAAGAAGCUCUCGUAGCGUUAAAAGAGGGACAGAGCGUGCAUAUGUGCGUGAGGGGAUAAGGAGUGAGAGGUGAUGAGGCAAACAAAUCUGCAUGCGGGGAGUAAAGUUGCGAGAUAGGAUGUUUAUGACGGAUGGACGAAUAGAUGCCGUUCCACGUCGCAGCAUUAGGGAGCGGGGCGUCCUGUCGUUAGCUGCCGGGUUUUUUUACUUGAACGGCUUGAAAAUG